UUGCGGCUCUAUCUGGAGAGCACUCGAGGACGGGACGUCACCAACCACCUGUUUGAGCAGAUCCACUGGAUCAUGGUGCAGUCGCUCAAAGCCGUGGCUGUGAGUCCAGAUCAUGAGGAGCGAUUGUUCUGAUGAAGCAUAAAGCUCUCAAUCACAAUAAUGUGUUCCUCUUACCGUCUGCAGCCCGUCAUGAACAACGACAAGCACUGCUUCGAGUGUCACGGCUAUGACAUCAUCAUCGAUGACAGGCUCCAGCCGUGGCUGAUCGAGGUGAACGCGUCUCCAUCUCUCACCUCCAGCAUGGCCAACGACCGCAUCCUGAAGUACAACCUGAUCAGCGACAUGCUGAACAUCGUCACGCCCAACGGAGAGAUCCCCGACUGUCGCUGGAACCGCAGCCUGCCCAAAGAGGCUCUGGGACACUAUCAAGUGCUAUACGACGAGGAGCAGGCUCUGAGCGAGAGCGCCGACCUCAGGAGCCGCUCGGGGCCGUCACUGGGGUCAAAGGGCAGCAGGAAGUGA